AUGCGCCUCUCGUACGGCGAUCAUCUCAUCGAGCUCGAUCGGCAGCGGCGGGCGAAGGCGUACGGUAGGGGUGCGAAGCGCUUCCACCUGAAAUUCCUAGCCGCUUCUACAGCGCUCGUCUACGCUGUGGCGCGUCUCGCGGCGUGGGUCUACCCAAAGAAGGUGACACACGCGUGGAUUGACGACGUGCUUGUCGAGGUCACCGAGGAUGACGUACUGGAGCGUGUUUGUGCCGUCGUUGGGUGCAUCUGCGCGGCCUCACUGCUGCUGCUGGCCUUCUUGACGGUACGGAAAGGCACCCGCCAACCGUCGCCGCUGGCACGCGGCCCUCGCGUCGCAACGAACAAUAGCCAGCGGGCGAAGGGCUGGUCGGCGCCCUCUUCGUCGAUUGCUGUUCCCGCAACGACUCUCUUCGGUGGGAUGCCAAAGAUCGCGGCGCCACUCACCGUCGCUGCGGGUGGGCAGCAUCAGCAGCAGGAGCGGCAGAGGCAGCAGCUACCAAUCUCCUCGGAGGCGGAGCUGAACAGUUUCUUGCAGUCUAAGGAGUUGGCGGGAGGCAGCGGCGGCAGGGGUGACGAAGCGACAGCCGCCGCCACCGCCGCACCACGUUCGGCGGCAACGACCGCUGCUGCUGCUACUACUACGGUCCCUACUGCUUUUGGUGGCCCGUUGGUGGGCGCCGCAAUGGCGGUGAGGCCGUCAGACGGCAUUCGCGUGCAGUACCGCGGCGGCGGCGAGCAACAGCCAGCAGCGCAGCCGGUUGACUCCGAGUGGGACAGCCUCGGCAUCCUCAGUGCGGAGCGCUCACUGCUCAAGGUGCGCACAUGGCUCUCUGACCUCUGCCACGACCUCGCGGAGGAGAUGGCCGCCUGUGACCGCUGGUUCGCGGAGCAGCAGAUCGGCUUCUUCGACUGCAGGCACACACUGCAGGAGGUGAUCCCUGUGCCGCAACAGUCUGCCCCUGCUGCUACUGCUGGGGUUGGUUUCGGCUUCGGCUCCGCAUCUGCAGCUGCUCCUGCGGCGCCGGCGCCAACGGCGCUGCGUAAACUGGAAGCUCUCUUGAAUGAGCGGCAGAGGCUUGCGGGGCAGGCGCAGAACGUGCAGAACUUCGACACUAUCUCGCACCUCGACCAGCGACUGUUGCUCGAGUCAAAACUCGACCCCUCCGGCACAUUCCCACCCGCAUCGUCGCCCUCCGUUGGGGAGCAGCAGGCGCGGCGACAAUACAUCAUCAAGCGGCUCCGUACCUUCGCGUCACAGAAGACUCUGGCGUCGUAUAAGCACAACCGCGGCGAUGCGGACCUCUGGCGCGAUGAUUUGCCAACCGACGCACACCUGUUGAUUCACAUUGUGCGCAUCUGCGUCGAAGGGUUUGCCAACUACGUGAAGUUCCCGCACCAGCCGAUGAACGCGCAGCAGGACUUGGCCCUCUUUGUCGGCGACACAGGGGAACCGUACUUCUACGUGCGCUACCGUAACGGGACCAUCGACAAGACGUACGCGACACACCAGGGCUCCAACUCGCUCUUUGAGGCGCUGCUCAUCUUUGCCGCGAUUGUGCGCACCUACCACAACGCCUCCUAUGGUGGAAUUUGGGGCGUCAUGGACUUGUCGCGGACCGGCCUGCUUCGCGUGUUGUAG